UGACAUUGGUCUGGGUCGAAACAUGAUUACAGAAGAGUCCUUUGCUGCGCGUUGUCGGGCUAUCCUCAACCCCGAUCACUUGAAACUAAAAUAAGCAGACGUUUAAAAAAAGGGGGGGAAAGGGACCGCACAGUAUCCUAUCAGCGGGUGCUCUGAGGGAAUAACAAGAUUUUUGUGAGCCCCUUCCACUCUGUACCCUAUAUGUGCUCCUGCGCGCUCCGGUACAUUGUAGCUCCUGAAAGUAGUCUGCUGAACUGCGGUGAAAGUUAACAUGUAUAUGCACGUUAUGAUACGCGCAAGCCUGGGAUUUGUAGGUUUCUGCUUGGUCGCCUUUGUCCAACAGCCAGCUUCAGGAAGUAAAACCACUCAAGAUGUGGACGAGUGUGCAGAAGCGCUUGACAACUGCAGCAUCGAUGCCAUCUGCCAGAAUACCCUGAAGUCAUACAAAUGUAUCUGCAAGUCAGGCUAUAAAGGGGAUGGCAAGCACUGUGAAGAUCUAGACGAAUGUGCGACUGAAUACAACGGCGGCUGUGUCCACGAGUGCAUCAACAUCCCGGGAAAUUACAGGUGCACGUGCUACGACGGCUUCCGCCUGGCACACGAUGGCCACAACUGUCUAGAUGUGGACGAGUGUUCAGAAGGCAACGGCGGAUGCCAGCAGAUUUGUGUCAACAUGAUGGGCAGCUAUGAGUGCCGCUGCAGAGAGGGGUUCUUUCUGAGUGACAACCAGCACACCUGCAUCCAAAGGCCUAAAGUGCGUUCAGAAGGCACAAAGGAGGGACCCACCUGCAUGGACAAGAAUCACGGCUGUGCACAUAUUUGCCGGGAGACACAAAAGGGUGGCAUCUCCUGUGAGUGCAGACCUGGAUUCCAGCUCACCCGUAACAUGAAGGACUGCAAAUUGACGUGCAACUACGGCAAUGGGGGUUGCCAGCACAUCUGUGAAGAGACAGACCACGGGCCCAGAUGUUCGUGCCACAUGAAGUUUGUUCUGCACAGCGAUGGAAAGACUUGUGUAGGGGAGAGGAGUGUCCAGCCCCAGGCAGCCCCACAGCUGUUCCCCAAUGAGACCUGCGCGGUGAACAACGGCGGCUGUGACAGCACGUGUCACGAUGCGGUGACAGGAGUCCGCUGCAGCUGUCCUGUUGGCUUCACUCUGCAGCCGGACCGCAAGACCUGCAAAGACAUCGAUGAGUGUCGUCUCAACAACGGCGGGUGUGACCACGUGUGUCGGAACACAGUCGGCAGUUUCGAGUGCAGCUGCAAGAAGGGCUACAAGCUACUGACCAAUGAGAGAACUUGCCAAGAUAUUGACGAAUGCUCUUUUGACCGGGCCUGUGACCACUCCUGUGUCAACUCGGCUGGCAGUUUCCAAUGCCUCUGCCAUAAAGGCUAUGUGCUGUACGGGCUGGCACAUUGUGGAGAUAUUGAUGAAUGCAGUAUAAACCGUGGGGGCUGCAAAUAUGGCUGUAUUAACACUCUGGGGAGCUAUGAGUGUACCUGUCCACCAGGAUACAAGCUGCACUGGAACAAGAAAGACUGUAUUGAGCUGGUGAAAUGUCCUCCUGGACUGGUAGCCCCUAAGGCCACUCUGACCUGCAGCAAGAUGGGCAAAAAAGAGAGCUGUUCUCUUACCUGUGCUUCUAAAGCUCAUUACUUGGCAGAGUCAGAUAACAGCUACUCUGUGAGCUGCGGUAUCCCCAUCCUCAGAGGGAAGUCCCCAGCCAGGCUCAACGCCAGCAGCAGUCAGGGCUGCAUAGAGACUUUGACCCCUCCAGUGAAGCAGACAGCCUCUUUCAAGAUUAAAGAUGCCAAAUGCCACCUCCACCCUAAACUGACUGGAAGGACAGAAGACAGGGGGCGGACACUAGGGCCAGGAGGUGGACAGCCCUGCAGUAACUGCCUAGUGACGUUUGUCAAUCUCAAAUGUGACUCCUCCAAGAAAGCUAAAGGGCGUCGUGCCCGCAACCCAUCUAACAAGGAGGUCACACGCAUCACUUUGGAACUGGAAGCCGAGGUCAAACCUGGUGACACCACAGGGAGCUGCAACCUCAGCUGCCUGAGGCAGCGCAUGGAGAAGCAGGUUAAGACGUAUAUCAAGGCUUUGAAGAAGUCCAUUAAUCAGGAGCGCUUCCUGAUACGAGUGGCGGGGUUGGAGUAUGAGGUGGCUCAGAAACUUCCCCAGGCUGCCUCGGGUCAGGAGAACUGCGGCCCUGGCAGGGAGAAAGACAGCGGCCGAUGUGUCAGAUGCUUGCCGGGGUCUUACUACCAUGGUGAGCAGGAGCGCUGUGUCCAGUGCCCGCCCGGCACCUUUCAGGAGAAGGAGGGACAGCUGGCCUGUGACCUCUGUCCUGGCAGUGACGGCCAUGGGCCUGCUGGGGCUCGAAACAUCUCCUCCUGCGCAGGCCAGUGUCCUACGGGGUACUUCUCCAGUGAUGGGUUCAAACCUUGUCAGCCGUGUCCUCAAGGCACCUACCAGCCUGACCUGGGACGCACCCUGUGCUUCCCUUGUGGCGGAGGACUGAGCACCAAGCGGGAGGGGGCCAGCUCCUUCCAUGACUGUGAAGUCAAAGUUCAGUGCUCUCCAGGCCAUUAUUACAACACCACAGUACACAGGUGUAUUCGCUGCCCGCUGGGCACCUACCAGACAGAGUUUAGACAGAACUACUGUAUUUCCUGCCCUGGGAACACCACCACUGAUUUUGAUGGGGCCACCAGUGUCUCCCAGUGCAAGAACAGGGAAUGUGGUGGAGAGAUGGGGGAGUUCACGGGUUACAUCGAAUCACCCAACUACCCCGGUAAUUAUCCUGCAAACGUGGAGUGUAUUUGGAACAUCAACCCGCCCAGCAAACGUAAGAUCCUCAUUGUGGUGCCGGAGAUUUUCCUGCCCUCAGAGGAUGAGUGUGGAGACGUGCUCGUCAUGAGGAAGAACUGGUCGGCUACAUCCAUCACCACCUACGAGACGUGUCAGACGUACGAGCGGCCCAUUGCCUUCACUGCUCGCUCCAGACGCCUCUGGAUCAACUUCAAGUCCAACGAGGCCAACAGCGCCCGUGGCUUUCAGAUCCCCUACGUCACUUAUGACGAGGACUACGAGCAGCUCGUAGAGGACAUAGUGAGGGAUGGAAGACUGUACGCCUCAGAAAACCAUCAAGAAAUCCUCAAGGAUAAAAAACUGAUUAAGACUCUCUUUGACGUGCUGGCCCACCCAAACAACUACUUUAAGUACACCACUCGGGAGUCCAACGAGAUGCUUCCCCGCUCCUUCAUACGUCUUAUAAGCAGCAAAGUCUCCGCUUUCCUGCGACCAUACAAGUAAAAGGUCCAGCAGCCUGUGAAGCACUAGAUCAUGACGCCUCCCUGACCCCCCACCUCCUCCUCCUCCUCCUCCUCCACCCAACCUCCCCUCCCACAGGCCGCAUCCCUCUCACUGGACUUAAAACACAAAACAAACGAAAUUAGCUUUUACCCUCUUUUCUUUUCCACGGGCUUUAUCUCAACAACAAACCCUUCACUAUGCAGAUUUAACAAAGUAUUGAACAUCAUCUGUGUUUUAAGUCUCUUUUUUUCCUCCGUUUCCCUUAAACACUGCAGUCCCUUUGCUCGAGCAGCGAGUGGGGAUGUAGAGUAUGUGCGUGGGUUUGUGUUUCUAUUGUCCUGUGUGAUGAAAACCACGAAAACCAAUAGAAACAUCUAUCUCAAACAGUAGGAGUGGUGUUUGUUGUGUGUGGUUUGAGCUAGAAUUUGUUGUUGCAUUUGCGUAAAUGAGCGGUCGGACCUCCAGCUCCAACUCCUACGUAUGACUGUUUUUAAGUGUUGUGUAACCUUGAUUGCAUCAGUGUCUACGUGCUGUCCUCAAGGAGGAGCAGUUGCUAAUUUCAUGUCACCGCUGCAUUCCAGGUCAUUCAAAGCCUUACUAUAUUUGAGCUCUUAGAGCAACUUCCUAGGAUAUUACUGUUAAAACAGUUAAUCUCUGUUUCCUUCCUUCUGUCGAGAUUGUACAGGUGUUUUCCAACCUCUGCAUAGUUUUUUUUUUUUCUGAAAUUCUUUUCCAAGUUAAAUUAACAAAGCAAAUAAAAAAGGUUAGUUUAUCAUUCAGAACACAAUGGACACUUUGGAGAUGAAUUACAAGCUUAUAAUUGUUAGAGCCACAGAAAUGAGAUAAAGUGAUGUCUUUGUGGAACAUUCCUCUGACAGAGCGAGAGAGAGAGAGAAAGAGAGAGAGAAAUGUCUUUGAGGGACAUUAUGUUUGCUGCUUCUUUUAAAAGGUCACUUUAAUUCUUCAAUCUCAUUGUUUUUCUGAUGUAUCCUGACUUCUACCACACUAAUAGUCUAUAGGUUUAAAAGAAAAGGAAUGUUAGAAUAUGAAAUGCAACUCUAGUCCUUAUACACAGUAAGUUGAUAAUCUCACGUUGCCUGUCUCUGUGGACUACCAGUUUUAUGUUCGUUUUUAUUUCAAUCUUGUAAAUAAUGAAAAUAAAUUAGACGAGGGUUGAAUUCUUUAAUCCCAAUUUGCUUGAGCAGGACCCCCCGCCAAAACAAAUCACUUUCUGCCCUUGAUCUCCCGCCCAUCUCUAAUCCAAAGACACCCCAGUCCCCCUCCAAACACCCCCAGUCAGAUUUUGUCCUGUCCCAGUAAAACCAGCUCUUCCAAAGACUGCCUGAACGGGCAGGCCGAGUUGUUUUGUGCACUAGAUCUAGAGCCUGUCACCCUACCUUUGUAGUACAAGUGCAAUGAAUUAAAGCAACACUCCUUAAUUUUGGUUACACCCCAUGGUGACGCAUAAACAAUGCUGAAUAAUUGUUCUUUGUGUCUCCAAGGGCUUCCCAUGUCAAAACAAGUUACAGAUAUGUUAGUCACUAUGAAAAAAUGUACAUUAAGGAGGAUUGCUUUAUGUUUCAAUGUGUUACUGCUCUCUUAUCCAGAGAAAUACUAAAAUCAUUGUCAGUAUGUAGUAAAAAUGGAGUAUUUGUGAUGUCUGGAAAAUAUUCUUUGUAAUUUCAGAAAACAGUGACCAAACAGGGUAAAUUAGUGUAGGUAAAGCUCUACCACUUCAAAAUAAGAUCUAUUAAAUGUUAAAAAUUUCUAAUCCUACCACCACUGCAAUCACGCAGUUGCAUUGUCAGUGAGCUAAUGACAAUGAUGAAACCUCAUCUUUAUACUGGAUAUUCAACCCUU